UAAAGUUUGUUUUUUAUAAUUUGUAUUCGUAGCUGUAGCUACAUGCGCCAACAUGAGUGUUCGCGGAUUUGUCGUACGUUGUUAAACGAACAGUUGCCCAGGUUGCGAUGGUCGUCAACUAGGGUGGCUGCCGGACACACCCCGUGAGCUGCGGAGGCGGAAAAAAACCGCCUCGCGGGUUGAACAGCGCCGUAAGUCGGCCGAGAAAUGUCCAAGCCUGUCAUCGGCAGUGUAAACAUGGCGGUUCAUUAAAGUAUUUUGACGUGAGCGAGAGAUAAACAUUGAUUCGGCGGGUGACAUGUUCUCCUCACCGUCAACCCUGUCAGUGGACCAAGUACCGUAUGACUUCGAGAAAGAGGAGAAUUCGCAGAAAUGGAACGGCGUCCUUCUCAACUCGUUCCAGAAGGUGCUCGAGCAGGUCCACCCGCGGCUCAAGCUGCAGGACGAUGCCCUCCGCUACAUCGAGAAGCUGAUGCUCCGGCUGCUUGGCAUGCUGUGCGCGCGACCCCAACCGCAUUCGGUCCAAGAUGUCGAGGAGCGAGUAAAGAAAACAUUCCCUAAUCCGAUUUACGUGUGGGCCGUCAAAGAGGCGAGGGAUGCCAUCGAAAAAGGGAGGAAGAAAUCGCCGCUGGUCAUGCCUGUUGAUAAAAUCCAUUCCUUGCUGCAGAAGGAGGUUCUGCACCACAAAAUCGACUCGCAAGUUGCUCUGUUUUUAGUUGCUGUGCUCGAGUACAUCUCUUCUGACAUUCUUCUGUUGACUGGUUCAUAUGUGAAAAACAUUCACAAUGUGUACAUCACAAGCCAGGACAUCCAAAUCGCCAUCUGCGCGGACAAAGUGCUGAUGGAUAUGUUCCAUCAAGAGGAAGACAAGAUUCCUAUAGCAACGCUCCCGCCGGCAGUUGCGAAUCACGUUGAAGACGAAGAUUCGCCGGUCGUGCGGGCGUCAGUAACUUACGAAGAGGUUGUCAAAGACUUGAUCCACGACGAGAAACAAUACCUGCGUGAUUUGAACAUGAUUACCAAAGUUUUUAGAGAGGAAAUAGCCAAAUUAGUUCCUCCUGGUAGAAAAGAUUUGGACAUGAUAUUUAGCGAAAUUAUGGAUAUCUACGAGGUGACCGUGAUUUUGUUAGGAUCUCUAGAGGACAUGGUGGAGAUUUCGGAGGAAAACCAAGUACCUGCAGUGGGGAGUUGCUUUGAAGAAUUGGCUGAGGCGGCUGAGUUUGACGUGUACCGAAGAUAUGCGAAAGACUUGACUCACCCGAGGUUUAAGGAAGCGUUGAUGCAGCUGCUCGCGAGGCCCGAAGUUUACGACGCCCUGCAGUCGGCGGGACACGGUUUCCGGGAGGCCGUCAAGUAUUACCUGCCAAAACUCCUCCUGGGACCAGUGUGGCAUUGUUUCCUCUAUUUUGAAUACUUCCAAAUUCUUAACCAGUUGACGCGUCAAAGCGACGACCGGGAAAGUUUGGAACAGGUCCAGGGUCUGCUGACGCCCCUCAAGGUGGUCAUAAGCGAGUCAGUCAAGCAUCUUCCCCGAGAUAGGGACCUGUGUGGUGCGAGGAUGCAUGGUAGGGCUCGCAGACAGGCGGCAAUGAAAAAAAUCAACGAGUUACAAAAGUCAAUCGAGGGCUGGGACAGCAAAGACAUAGGCCAGAGCUGCAACGAGUUUAUAAGAGAGGACUCGUUGAUUAAAGUGGGCCCUGGAAAGAAGCUGUCAGAAAGAAAAGUAUUUUUGUUUGAUGGUCUCGUGGUUUUGUGCAAACCGAAUAGUCGAAGAUCUUCAGUCACUGGUCCAGUGGCCGGAGAGUUUAGGAUGAAAGAAAAGUUUCACAUACGUAGGGUAGAGAUUCAUGACAAGGAUGACACAGACGAAUACAAAUAUGCGUUCGAGAUUGCUCCAAGGAGCCAACCGAGCGUCAUCCUCAUGUCCAAGUCACUAGAAGAUAAGAACAAUUGGAUGGCUGAUCUCGUAAUGCUCAAUACUAAGAGCAUGCUAGAGAGAACGCUUGAUUCGAUUUUGCUGGACGAGGAGAAGAAGCAUCCACUGAGACUGCCGUUGCCAAGCAUUUACAAGUUCGCAGAGUCUGACUCAACGACCAACAUUGUGCUGGAGGAGCGCGAGAGCAACGGCGUUCCUCUGAUCAAAGGUGCAACGCUGUACAAGUUGGUUGAGCGGCUCACUUACCACAUCUACUCAGACCCAAUGUUCGUGCGCACCUUCCUCACCACCUUCCGCAGUUUUUGCUCGCCUCAGGAACUGCUUUCUCUCUUAGUUGAGAGAUUCAACAUUCCUGACCCGUCACAAGUGUUUGAAGAAAACACGUCUGAUGGGGAAAAGACGCUAAAAAACUCUCAGAGAGAAGACUGGAAAAGAUAUCGAAAAGAAUUCACGCAGCCGGUUCAGUUCAGGGUUUUAAACGUGCUUCGUCACUGGGUUGACCACCACUUUUAUGACUUUGAAAGAGAUCCUGACGUCCUUCGGGCGCUACACGAGUUUCUCGAUUCUGUGACGUCAAAAUCAAUGCGCAAGUGGGUUGAUUCCGUUCUGAAAAUCGUGCAAAGAAAGAGCGAUCCUCAAGACCAACAGAGAGAAAUAACAUUUAACUUUGACCGCUCUCCUCCACCGAUUGAGCAGCAUAUUCAGUGCCCUGAAUAUGAGUGGACUGUUUUAACUCUUCAUCCAAUAGAAAUAGCCAGGCAGCUGACACUGCUGCACUUUGAGCUGUACAGGGCUGUAAAACCGUCUGAGCUUGUCGGCGCUGUGUGGACCAAGAAGGACAAAGAGAAAACCUCUCCGAACCUGCUGAAGAUGAUGCGGCACACAACUAACUUCACAUUCUGGCUUGAGAAGUCAAUCAUUGAGACAGAGAACUUUGAGGAGCGGGUGGCGGUCAUGUCUCGCAUCAUCGAGAUCAUGAUGGUGAUGCAAGAGCUAAACAAUUUCAACGGCGUCCUCGCUGUUGUCUCUGCCAUGGGCUCUGCCUCAGUCUUCCGCCUCAAAAUGUCUUACCAGGCUAUCCCAACGAAUCUGAAGAAGGCAAUGGAGGAAGCGCGUGAGCUGAACAGUGACCACUUUCGCAAGUACCAGGAGAAGUUGCGCUCAAUCAACCCCCCAUGCGUGCCCUUUUUAGGAAUGUACCUCACCAACAUUCUUCACAUCGAGGAGGGAAACCCCGACUACUUGCCAAACGCCCCAGAGCUUAUCAAUUUCAACAAACGAAGGAAGGUUGCCGAGAUCACCGGCGAGAUUCAACAGUAUCAAAACCAGCCCUACUGCUUGAAAGUUGAGCAGAAAAUCAGAAACUUUUUAGAGACGUUAGACCCUUUCGGUGAUCAAAGAGAACACGACGUCAGUACUUACCUGUACAAUAAGUCGCUGGAGCUUGAACCGCGAGCUUGCAAGCAACUUCCAAGAUUUCCGCGGAAAUGGCCCGAUUUGAACCUGAAAUCGCCUGGUAUCAAGCCGAAGAACUUGCCUGGCCGGACGUACCCAAAUCCAUUGCCCCCUGUCCGAAGACUGAACGACAACGGCGAAGACACGCCACGCACGCCAUCCAUGUCCACUUGCUCACCCAUUACCCCUACCGGACCCAACAGCUCCUCUGACUUCAGCGUCUUUGCUCCCAUUAUAAUUGGCCAGACUGGGGUGACUCUGCCGAGCGGAAACCUGUCCCCUGGUGCCGCGUCGACCGCCUCCAACAUUUCACCCAGCUCGAGCAUCGCGACGUCUCCGGCAGCCGUGGACGCGCCGCCCAUUCCUCUGUCGCAUUCGCAAAUGCCGCCGCCGUCAAGCAACCCUCCUCCGCCCCUGCCGCCACGCCGAAGACGUGAAAACUCUAUCAGCGAAUCGCCCAACCCCAACAAAAACGUGCAAUCGCGGCAAGCGCCAGACGCGCCCGUGCUGCCCCCUCGUGAGAGCUCAUCGCCACCCCCGCUGCCCCCGCGGCGGGACCUCAGUCUGGGCGGGGGUGGAACGAUGCCUCGACCGGCGCACCGAUCUCCCAUGGACUUCCCGACGUCGCCGGGGGCCGAAUCUACUAGUCUGCUGCAGCGGCGCAACUCCACCAUGGACAUGCUGCCCAUCGUGCCCACGCCGCUGCCCCCCGUCACGCAGCCCAGGCGCCGCGUCUCCGCCAACGAAAUCAGCCACGCCAACCACGUCCAAGACCAAAGCCGCCAUUCAAUCCACGAGCGAUGGAACAACAGCUACGCACCCCUGGAGUCAAGCUCGCCGCCGUUCAUUUUGCCUCCGCAGCGAUCUCCGGACAGCGUCCGCGGCUCGCCUUCCCCUCACCUCGUGCCCUCUCCAAAAAGUGUUUCAGGUCAGAGCAUAUCAGCAGGCAGGAACUCUGGUCCCCAACUGCCCCCUAGGCCCUACAAGCCGUCGAUGUUUCCGUUCACAGAGCACAAUAUCCCGAGAUAGUAAUUUUUUCCUUUCGCGCCAAUUUUUAGCGGAGAGAUUUAGAUUUCUUGUGAUAAGAAAACGCAUAAAAUAUUUUCCAUCGGAAGAUCGCUGACCAGAAAUGGAGGAAAGGGUAGGGAGAAUCGUAAAGAAAGGGAAGCUUGCUUGUAUUCAAUCACCCAAGACUUAACAAUAAUCGUUGUUUCCGAUGUUAAACCUCUAAUCUUAAGGGUUCGGCAAAGAAAAAAACACAAGGACGUGGUCGCCCGAUACGAACCGUGGGCUUAUUAGUCACAAUUUCGUUCCCGUCGCGCAGAGCUAUUGAAAAUGGCGACUGUUAGAGUCUGGCCGUUCAGAAACGCUGAUUUUUAGGAGCGAAUUCCAAUUUUCGGGCCAGACAAUAGCCCUUUGACAAUUUGAAUUCCAGCUUAGAACUUAAAUGUCUUGAAAUUGAUCGUGCAAUCCAAUAUUUAGCAAAGUGAAUUUAAAAAAGAAACAUAGUGAUGCUUUAAAUAUGUGUGUACAUACACGAGAGAGUAAAUAGCUAUAAUCCUGAAAAGUUGUACCGACGAUGAGAAAUUUUAAUGUUCCUAUGUCCCGCAAUGUAUUCCGAUUUUGAUUAAUUUUCUGUUCGUUUUCCUCGCUAGCAAUUGAGGAAUAACUUUUCGCGAAAGGAUUAAUUAGACGAGUAUGCUACACACACUAAAUGUGAUUUAGGUUACUUAUGCAUAUACACACACUGUAUUUAUGUAAGAUUCGCAAAUGCCAAAAAUAAGAUAAAUCUAUCAUAGCACGUAAGAAUAGACGAUAAAAAUGUACCGUGUUAAACAUGUUUUCUCAUUGUAAAAUGCCAUAAAUUUUAUUAUUAUUCUUUUUUAUUGACAUAUACAUAGUCCGUUGCGUGCGAGAAGAGCUAAAUUCUUAUCACAGAAUUAACUUAUCGAUUAAAUGAAUGUGAUAAAUUCAAAGUGUUGCACAAUUUAGUAAACAAGCGGUCAUUCUCAAGGCAAGAUGUAUAAAAAUCAGAUUUGUGAUUCGCACGUUGCCCGUACCUUUCUAAAUUUCGUACAUAUUUUGCGAUUUUAGAUUUAUUUUACGAGACAGUUGUGGCAGUUUCUUUUGCAUUUUAUUCCUCGACUCUGGAAUGAUCUUAUUUUUUCGAUUGACAUUGCUCAGAGUGGAACCUUUUACUCUUGACCGAUUCUGAUUUUUACCGCCGUUUCUUUGGAUUUCAACAUAUCAUGUACAUCAUUCGAAUGUUCACCUUCUCCAUGGAUAUAAUUUAUGUAUCAAAUUGUAAAUAAUACAGCGAAAAUUUCUUGAAAAGCAGG